UGUGUCUGCGCGCCCCCGGAAGCGCGUGGCCGGUGGGGCUUGCUGGGGAGGCAGACGGGUCGUGCGCGGCGCUCAGUGGCGCGCGAGUGUCUCCCCCUGGGCAGCCAUGGCUGGGUUGGUGCAGGGGCCAGUAGGGAGGCUGCGGCGCCUGUGCCACCGCUAUCAGGAGUACGUGAAGCAGCAUCCGGCGGCGACUGCCCAGCUGGAGAGCACCGUGCGCGGCCUCUCUUACCUGCUGCCAGGUCGGUUCUCUGACUCUCAUGAACUUUCUGAGCUUGUGUAUUCUGCCUCCAAUUUGCUGGUGUUGCUGAAUGACUGGAUCCUUCGGAAGGAGUUGCACCAGUCCCUUCCUGUGUCACUUCCCCAGCAGAAGCUGCUGACAUGGCUGAGCGUCCUCGAGUGCAUGGAAGUCUUUGCGGAGAUGGGAGCUGCCAAGAUGUGGGGUGAGACUGGCCGAUGGGCCAUCAUCGUCCUCAUCCAGCUUGCCAAAGCCAUCCUGCGCCUCCUGCUGUUGCUCUGGUACAAAGCUGGCAUCCAGACAUCUCCUCCCAUUGUACCACUGGACCGGAGACAGUCAUUGCAGCAGGGAGACACAGAGGGCAACUCAACCGGCAAGGAGCAGAUAUAUGUGGGGAAGCGCUCUAGCCGUGUUAUGAGGUGCCUUGAAAGCACCCCAUCUCUGCACUCCAGACACUGGGGAGCACCUCAGCAACGGGAGGAGAAGCAGAACCAAAGAGCCAUGGAGCUGGACCAGCCUCCGACCCCUUUGAGCGUCCAGGAAACCAUUGCGGAAUCUAUUUAUGUGACUAGGCCGCUGCUCCACUUACUAAGUUUAGGGCUUUGGGGACAGAGAUCAUGGAAACCCUGGCUCAUGUCAGGAUUCUUGGAUAUCACAAGCUUGAGUUUACUGAGUGACGUGAAAGAGCUGAACAAGCGUGAGCGCCUGGAGCUGAGGCGACGGACUAUCUUGCUGCUGUACUACCUGCUGAGAUCUCCCUUCUAUGACAGAUACUCAGAGGGCAGGAUCCUCUUUUUGCUGCGCUUGCUGGCAGAUUACGUCCCUGGAGUUGGCUUCGUCACACGGCCACUGAUGGAUUACUUGCCAGCCUGGCAGAAGAUAUAUUUCUACAACUGGGGUUGACCUGGCAUAAUUGUGGAGUCUGGAGCUGGGAUGGCUCAAGCCGAGAGCAGGAUCUUGCAGUGACAGGAGGCCCUUAUGCCAAGGGAACCAGCUGUGGGGACCUAGAAAAUAAAUAUGUCUUUUUGCAUCUUAUGCCAAUGAUUGCAGAGAUUCCUGUACAGGGAAGAGGAAGGGCUCUUCUAAUGUCUCAUUUUUCUCUCUCUUUAAAGAAUCUUCUUGUGAACUGUGAACUCCACAUAGUGUGGGACUUAAAGAAUCUAUGCUACUCCCCUUUCCAUUCUGGGGUAACUGGUUUCAGAGCUGGUGGGGGGACCCUUUUUGUACACAUUUUGUAUGGCUGCAAGUUAAUAAAGCCGGGAGUCGGCAGUG